CCUCUGUCUUUUCGGUUCAUGCAUCGUUUGGUCGUUCCCCUGCCGUGGUUUUCUAUUAACCCGUCUAAAGAUGUCGGACACUAUCUUGACAGCACCCCUAAAUUUCAUCAAUGGUGAAAGAGUCUCGCCUACAAAUACUGAUGAUGCCCAGGACUUCAAAGUAUAUGAGCCAGCCACUGGUAAGGUGCUUUGCGAGUGCAAGAGUUCCAGCAAGGAGGAUGUAGACCGGGCCGUGCAGUCUGCCAAGGAAGCUUUUGAAGUCUGGUCCGAGGUCCCAGCCUUGGAGAGGGGACGUAUCUUGCAGAAGACUGCGAGGAAAUUAGAGGAGAGACUGGAAGAAUUGGCCAUUUGGGAAACAAGGAACAAUGGCAAACCUAUAUGGGAGGCGAGGGAGGAUAUCAAGAACAUCGUAGAGUGUCUGGACUACUUUGGCGGCCUGGCUCCAGGAAUAGUUGGAGAGCAUGUGCCCUGCGCAGGAGGUUCUUUUGGUUACACCAGGCGUGAACCCCUAGGAGUCUGCGCAGGUAUAGGGGCGUGGAACUACCCCCUGCCCAACAUCGGCUGGAAGGCCGCACCCGCCCUGGCCUGCGGGAACACCAUGGUGUACAAGCCAUCCCCUUUUACCCCCAUCACUGCACCCAUCCUAGCCGAGAUCUUUGUUGAGUGCGGACUUCCGAAGGGGGCGUUUAAUGUUGUCCAGGGGCAAGGGCAGACUGGAGAGUAUCUUUCCAAGCAUCCUGAAGUGGCCAAGGUGUCUUUCACUGGUAGUGUGCCUACAGGGAAGAAGAUUAUGCAGAGUUGCUCCAAUCGAGUUGCCAAUUUGACCCUGGAACUGGGAGGCAAGUCUCCACUGAUCAUCUUUAACGAUGCUGACAUGGAUAAUGCCGUUAAAGGAGCCAUGCUUGCCAACUUCCUAACACAAGGGCAGGUCUGCUGUAAUGGGACGAGGGUUUAUGUUCAGAGGGACAUACAUGACAAGUUCCUGGAGAACUUUGUCAACAAGACCAAGACCUUGAAGAUAGGAGAUCCUCUGAAGGAAGAUACUAUGAUGGGUGCGGUCAUCAACGAAGGUCAAAUGUCAAAGAUCCUGGGAUAUAUUGAUGGCGCCAAGAAAGAGGGUGCCACUCUGCAUUGCGGAGGGGGUAGGCACAGCCCGCCUGACCAGAACUGCCAAGAGGGUUACUAUGUCAGCCCAACCGUCCUCAGCGUAAACGAUGACAUGACGGUUGCCAGGGAGGAGGUCUUUGGUCCGGUCGUCUGCGUCAUGCCCUUUGACACGGAGAAUGAGGUCAUCAAGCGAGCCAACGAUACAGACUAUGGCUUGGCCAGCGGUGUUUUUACAACUGAUAUCAAGCGUGCUCAUCGUGUAGCAUCAAAGCUCGAAGCAGGCUUCUGCUGGAUCAACAACUACAACAUGAACCCGUUUGGUCUUCCGUUCGGCGGUUACAAGCAGUCCGGCCUCGGUCGUGAGAAUGCCUUGGAUACGAUCAACCAUUUCACCCAGGUUAAGAGUGUCUAUGUGGAGAUGGGUGAUAUCGACUGCCCUUACUAAAUUACCAAUGUAUUGCCAAGCCCACUUUACAGAUAACAACUCAAUGAUUCCAUGAUGGUAGCUCAAGCAACAAUGGCUCCUUUGGGAAAUCUGCACAUCAUUACUAGUCAAUAGUGAAAGCCGAGGGGCAUUUCGUAAAAAAUUUCAGUCAAAGAUAUUGCACGAACUAAAUUGCUAAACUAUGUGGGGUGCGUGUUCUAGAGCUCAAGACUCUCGUCUUUCAAUCUGAAGGAUGUGGGUCCAAUUCCAAGCCAUGGCAUGUUUUCCUUCAGCAAGAAAUUUA